AUGGCUCCUCAACUUCGUAGAAAAUGGACAGAACCAGGUCAAAACUUGAGCGUUGGCGAGCUUGUCCUCGUGAAAGAAGCGACGCAUCCUCUUCAGUGGCGGAUUGGACGAAUACGUGAACUCCAUCCUGGCUCCGAUGGGACUUCCAGAGUGGCCACUUUAGAAACUACUUCUGGACCAUUGACACGCCCAGCUGUCAAGCUCUGUCCACUCCCAAUGUCUUGA